AUGCCCUCCGACGACAAGCCGUCCUCCAGCAGCAACAUCUCCCGCUCGCUCGUCCGCGAUCUGCCGUUGCUGGUGCUCGUCGCGACGCUGCUCGCGCUGCCCGCACUGCCGUCGUCCGCCUCGUCGCCGUCGUCGCUGUGGUCGCCCAAGCCGACGCUGCACGCCAUCACCACCACCGUCGUCUACACCCUCGGGGGUAUGGGCGCAUUCAUCAUCGGCGGCACCCUCAUCCUAGCGAGCGAAAAGGCACUGCGCGGUGCCAUGGAUUGGUUGCUGCAUGGCUCGUCCUCGUCGGCAGGGAUCGAAACCGGGUCUGGAGCGGACGAUACUACAUCCACAAGGCGAUCUUGA